GCUGGCAGUGUGAUGGAGAAGCUGCCAGCUCGUUGUUACCCAGGGAUUGACUGAUGUGUGCCAUGCAAAAAGCAGCACCUUGUAUUUGUCUGAACUGAACUGUUGCAGUCUUGGCUGUCCGUGGUGCAGUGGAGCAAAAGCCAGGGAGGUUUGUUGUGAGUGGCACCACAGUGCAUAUCUUCAGAGAAACUCUCUUCCACUUCACCCCCUUCUGCAAAUAAAGUUAACAUCAAAGUCCUCCUGUUUCUAGUUUAAAUGCCCAAGAUCCAGCUCCAAACAGAUAAAUCUGCUAUUUUUAGGAGUAUGCUGUGCAGUGUAUCAGCGUGAUUUGGCUGUAAAUGUGAUGAAUCUUUUUCUCUUGAAUGUCUCUGUGGGUUUUCAUGUUUUAUUAAAUAUCUCAUGAUGACAGUGUUUAUCUCCCUGCUGACUGAAAUCCCAAAUGGCACCUUUCUUAUGCCACCUACGAGGCAGCAGAGUAGCAUCCCCUAAGCAUUACCACCCUUCUUUAACCUGCUCUAGGUUUCUUCUUUGUUAAUAAACCUUCCAAGAAGAAAUAAAAAUAAGUUAAAACGUGGAGGGUGGGAAUUGCUGGAGUUGACUUCAAAGGAAUAAGAAUUUCUGAGCAAAUAGAGGAUCUAUAAAUUAGUAUGAAAUAUUAGUUAAACAAUGGAAGCAGUAGGUUUGGGAACACUCAAAUCCAAGGUAAACGCUUUAAGUCACAAAGUGAAAGUAGUCAUAGAGCACAGAGCUGUCAUUUGUAUAUCAUCCUAUUUGCAUGAUUUAUUCAUCUGUUGUUACACAAAAGAUUUUAGGAGAAACAUGUUUGACACAGACCUUGCCUCUUGAGCUGGCGGCCAAACUUUGUUUGGUACAGACUUCCCUGAGGGUUGCCACACUGCCAGGUAUUUAAAAGCCACGUGGAUGUGACACUUGGAGACAGAGGUUAGUGGUGGCCUUGGCAGUGCCGGAGGAAUGGUUGGACUUGAUGUUCUGGGAGGGCUUUGGACUUUUUCAUUCCAAAUGCUUCUUUGCUCCUACAAUUCUCUGUAUUGCAGCUAUUUAUGAAGUGUGUACAUUUUUAGCGAUAAAUUGCAGUUUUUACAGCAAGAGUCAUGCUACAGUGUGAGUACAUCUUUUUAAAAUCAAAAAGCCUGCAGACCGGACCCUUCCUCACAACAAUAAUCCAAGGUUGAGGUAUUCAAUCCGUGUAUGUAUUUUGUCUGUAUUGCAUUUACAGCUCCAGGUAAUCUUUGUAUUCCACAGUCUGCUGUUAACGUAGAUGACAACAAUUUUCUCAUGCAGCCAGCUGGGAUAAGUGUGUCCCAAGGAAGCUGAGAAACUUGUGCAAGGCCGCUUAGUAAAACUUCACAGCAAGGUCAGUAAUUUGGGGGUUUCUGGUUUCCAGUACCAGGCUCUUAAAACAAGACCAUCACAGCAUCCUGGCCCAUGAUUUUCCUGCAGUGUGUGAUGAAGGAUGCAGUCAUGAGAGUGCCAGGAACGCAGGACUCCGUGGAUGGGAGUCAUCUGCUGAAACCUAGAGUUUGAUUUUGUCUGAUCCUCACAGAGUUUCCCAGAUGGGUGCAAUGUUCAUAUAUCCUCUGGAUCAUUGCCUGGCUCCAUCUAUCCUGAAAUGCAAUUCAGGCUGGUACAAUCUCAAACAAACUCAAGAUGAGCUUUUAAUGAUUUUUUUUUCAUGUCAGCUUUCUUUAUUGAAUUAGUUUUGCUGUGUAGUGCAAUAAUAGGGCUCAUAAUGAACAUGAUUGCAAUGAUUUCCCUGAAUACCUUGAGCACGCGCCGUGAUCAGCAGAGUUCAGCCCUGCUGUCUGUGCUAUACUGAAACCUGAGAGGGGAUAUUUCAGUGACCUUUGGUGCAGGAAACUGAAAUCUGAGAAACUGGGCACUUAACAAAGAGCACAAGGGGAGGCAGCUGAAAUAAAAAUGAGCAGCUGAGAGGAAUCUGUGCCAGGAGGAUUUGGGGAGCUGAUGAGAGGAAGUAAGCUCCAAGGAUCAGUUGGAUCUGUAGAGCAAUGUUUGUGCCUUGUCAGGGUGUUUUUGCUCGAGCUCAGAAGUUCCAGCCUCUUCUCAUUCCCAAACCUCUGAUGUAAGAGCUUUGUUUUUUGCUCUCUGCACUUGAGCCCCCAUGGAAAGGCCUCUCUAAUGUUGUGAGAGCAAAACAAACAGUGCAGUGCUGCUGUGUUCUGUUCAUCUGCUGGCAUGGGGGAGCCACUGCAAACACCUUCUCCCUUUCAAGGGCCAGAGUUCCUCUACUUUCUUUUUGACAACGUGUAUUUUCUUUCAGCGCCCUUUUCAUUUCCUGGGACAGAUCUGAAUGUCACCAGAAUGGCAAUGAAGUUUAUGGGUGCAACUUAGAGCUUCUUCAAGUAAAUGAUAGAUGUGGACAUAUGUUAAUUGUGGAUAUGUUCUGAUUAAUUUGAAAUAAAGAUAAUUUCAAGAGACUUACUGCUGUAAACCCUCCCUGUGAAGAACAUUUAAAACCUCAGCUCUCCCAGUUGUUUGGCAACUGGAUGUGGGAAUCAGCUGCCAGGCUGGUGCCUUUCUGCAAAUCACUGGUCAAAUAUCACAGGAUACAUUGAGACAGCAGUUCAUUCUCUUCUGAAGUGGAUCCUGUGAUUCAUAUACAAGUUUGUGCAAGUAAAGGGACAGGCUGGUAGUGCCAGGAGCUGUCGAGGCAGCAAGGUUCUUACAGUGGGCUGCAGCGUGUGGGAGGUUUUGGAGAUGUGUGUUCUACUAACAUGUCUGCUUGCCUGAAAUCCUUCAGUGAGAUGAGAACUCACACACAGAACAGCUGCCAAGGUCAAUCACCACACUUUAAAGAUAUUAAUAUAUAAAUAUAUAAACAUAAAUGUUUAGGUGUGUAUCUUUGCAUUUCACUAUGAAUUAUAUUUUGCCCUUCCUAAGUGCCAUACCCAAAUGCUCCCAAUGCCACCCCUGUGCCAGGGGGUUGUGAGUUGCAAUCGUCCCUGGCCUCUCUGAGCUGGGGACCCCCUGCACUCCCUGGGGAUUCUCACAGAACACCUGGGAUUCAGGUGCUUAAAUUCCCUUUUCUUUACAAAAUCAUUAGCAAGCUGCCAAAUUGCCACUUCCCACUAGUUGUAGGUGUUCAACAAAUGAAGGCAAGUAUUUUGUGGGAAGAACUGGAGAUUUUUAAGCAAGCUGAGUGGGUGUUUCUAUGACUUUAGCCCAGUGAACAGCACAGGCUGUUUCGCUCCGUGCUAUUGUUGCAUGACAUUCCUCUUGGCACAAUGUUUAUUUUUAGCCAGAGACUAUCACAAGUAUUUUUCAGCAGGACUGUCACUGCUCCUGAACAGGGAAUCAUAUUACUGCAAGAACUUUGCUGAAACAAAGAAGAUAAAUUGGACAAAUGGGAAAUUAUAAAUCUAGACCAACCCAGACUUGCACGGAUGAAUGGAAGAAGAAAGUCAGUGAAUCCUAUGCCACUGUCACGGAGCGGUUGGAGGACGACCUGCAAAUCAAGGAAAAGGAGCUGGCAGAGUUAAAGCAUGUUUUCAGCUCCGAUGAAGCCUUCUGCAAAGUCAACCUGAAUUACCGCACGGAGAACGGGCUGUCGCUGCUGCACCUGUGCUGCGUGUGUGGGGGCAACAAAUCCCACAUCAGAACUCUCAUGCUGAAAGGGCUGCGCCCAUCCAGACUAACCAGAAAUGGAUUUACAGCUCUGCACUUGGCAGCUUAUAAGGACGACGCGGAGCUGCUGACGGCGCUGCUGCACGGCGGGGCUGACAUCCAGCAGGUCGGCUACGGGGCGCUGACGGCCCUGCACGUCGCCACCAUGGCCGGCCACCACAAGGCUGUGGACAUCCUGCUGCAGCACGGGGCCUACGUGAACGUGCAGGACGCCGUGUUCUUCACCCCGCUGCACAUCGCUGCCUACUGCGGCCACCAGCAGGUAACCCACCUGCUACUGAAGUUUGGAGCCGAUGUGAAUGCGAGUGGUGAAGUUGGGGACAGACCUCUCCACCUGGCUGCUGCCAAAGGCUUUCUCAACAUCACAAAGCUUUUGAUGGAAGAGGGAAGCAAAGCUGAUGUGAAUGCUCAGGACAACGAAGAUCAUGUGCCUCUGCACUUUUGCUCUCGAUUUGGGCACCAUGAUAUUGUGAAGUUCUUACUGCAGAGCAGCUUCGAAGUGCAGCCCCACGUGGUGAAUAUCUAUGGAGACACACCUCUACACCUUGCCUGUUACAAUGGGAAGUUUGAAGUUGUCAAGGAAAUAAUUCAACUCUCAGGAACAGAAAGUCUCACUAAAGAAAAUAUAUUCAGUGAAACUGCUUUCCACAGCGCUUGCACCUAUGGAAAGAACAUAGAACUUGUCAAGUUUCUCCUUGACCAGAAUGUUGUAAGCAUCAAUCAUCAGGGGAGAGAUGGGCACACAGGGCUGCACUGUGCUUGCUACCACGGCCACAUUCGCCUUGUGCAGUUCUUGCUGGAUAAUGGAGCUGACAUGAAUCUUGUAGCUUGUGAUCCCAGCAGGUCCAGUGGAGAAAAGGAUGAGCAGACCUGUUUGAUGUGGGCUUAUGAGAAAGGUCAUGAUGCAAUUGUGACCCUCCUGAAGCAUUACAAGAGACCUCAGGAUGAGUCCCCCUGCAACGAAUAUUCCCAGCCUGGAGGAGACGGUUCCUAUGUGUCAGUGCCAUCCCCCCUAGGGAAGAUUAAAAGCAUGACAAAAGAAAAGGCCGAUGUCCUCCUCCUCCGUGCUGGCUUGCCAUCACACUUCCACCUGCAGCUCUCUGAGAUAGAGUUCCAUGAGAUUAUCGGCUCAGGGUCUUUUGGAAAAGUCUAUAAGGGACGAUGUAGAAAUAAAAUUGUUGCAAUUAAACGUUACCGAGCCAACACCUACUGCUCCAAGUCUGACGUGGACAUGUUCUGCCGGGAGGUUUCCAUUCUCUGCCGACUGAACCAUCCCUGCGUCAUCCAGUUCGUGGGAGCCUGCCUGGAUGACCCCAGCCAGUUUGCCAUUGUCACCCAGUACAUCUCUGGGGGAUCACUCUUCUCCCUGCUCCACGAGCAGAAGAGAAUUCUCGAUCUGCAGUCUAAAUUAAUCAUUGCAGUAGAUGUGGCCAAAGGCAUGGAGUACCUGCACAAUCUCACACAGCCCAUCAUACAUCGGGAUCUGAACAGUCAUAACAUUCUUCUGUAUGAGGAUGGUCAUGCAGUAGUUGCUGAUUUUGGAGAAUCUCGAUUUCUGCAAUCCCUGGAUGAAGACAACAUGACAAAACAACCUGGGAACCUGCGCUGGAUGGCCCCUGAGGUGUUCACCCAGUGCACAAGGUACACCAUCAAAGCCGAUGUCUUCAGCUACGCUCUGUGCCUCUGGGAGCUGUUAACAGGGGAAAUUCCCUUUGCUCACCUCAAACCAGCUGCAGCAGCAGCAGACAUGGCUUACCACCACAUCCGCCCCCCCAUCGGCUACUCCAUCCCCAAGCCCAUCUCUGCCUUGCUGAUGAGGGGCUGGAACGCCUGUCCUGAGGGGAGACCAGAGUUUUCAGAAGUUGUCACAAAGUUGGAGGAGUGUCUGUGCAAUAUUGAGUUAAUGUCUCCAGCCUCCAGCAACAGCAGCGGGUCCCUGUCUCCCUCCUCCUCCUCGGACUGCCUGGUGGCCCGGGGUGGCCCUGGGCGCAGCCACGUGGCCGCCCUGCGCUCUCGGUUCGAGCUGGAAUACGCCGUCAACGCGCGAGCCUACGCUGCCUGGUCCCAGGGCACUGGGCAACCCCCUUCUCAGGGCCUGUCUCUGGAUGACAUGAGAAGGAACUUCCACUACCCAGCCGUGGACAAAAACGGUGAGCUGUGCAGAGUGCCCCCCAGCCCCCGGAGCACAGGACAGGCUGCUGUGCUGGCACUGCGGGGCAGGGCUGGGGAGCACUCUGUGCCAGCUGCAGGGACCCUCUCUGCUCCUCAGGGUACGUGUCCGACCCCUUGAGCACCAUGAGGUUCCACUCCUGCAGCAGCAGCUUGGAGGACAGCAGCUGAGGGAGGGAGCGUCCACCCGCCCCAGCCUGGCCAUCACCAUGGCACCGAGUGGCACACGGACAUCCCUGGACUGAGCAGCUUUAGUGUUGAUGACAGAUGUCCCUGUCCUGCAUUCUGCUUUUGCAUCUCCCUCAGCUGACCACCCCAUGCCCUGCAGCAGCAACUCUGACCAUGGAGCAUUAAAAAAAAGACUAGAGGCAAGGCAGUUGAACUCUUCCUCUAGAAGCAAUUACAGAGUUAAUCACGCUGUUAUUUUCUGGGGUCUUUUUUCGAAUUAACAAAAGGUAUCUGUAAUACUGUCUGUGUGGCCGAGGCAGAGCUGCCUUCCUGUCUGAGCAGGAAUCAGUAUUUCCCAUGGAUGGCAGGGUUCUGUGGUGUUACUGAGGAUGUUGUUUUUCCCCAGCCUUGAUCCCUGAAGCAGGUAUGCAAAGAGGCCUCAAGCAGUGUGACAGACAUGAGCUAUGACUGCAUGGUGGGCUCUGACGAUGCUGCUGCCACACCUACCAUUACUUCAACAGUGCUGAAGCAAUAAAAAUGGGGAAGAUUUCACUAAGCAAA